UCUAACAGUCUGAGUGGGUCCAUUCUGCAUAUCGAGUACUUUAACUUUUGAUACUUUAAGUACAUUUUGAUGCUGAUACUUUUGUACUUUUACUUCAGUAAGUUGUGAAUGCAGGACUUUUACUUGUAGUGGAGUAAUUUCACAGUGUGGUAUUAGUACUUUUACUUGAUCUGAAUACUUUUCCAACACUGUGUUGGAUGUACAAAACUUUUUGACAUUUCAUAGAACAAUCUAAAUAAAUGAUUCCAAAAGAUAUGGAGAUAUUUAAUGGUACUGCAAAGUAUUGAGCAUCAAUCAGGGAUUACACUAAUGCAUGAUUAUGACUCAUCAAAACACUUUUUUUCUCUCCUAGGCUUCUGCUUUAGAGCCGACUGAGGAGCCAGCAUGUGUGCCUGGAUUCAAGUCGGACAUGUUGGUUUUCAAAGUGUCCAGAAAGCACCUGGAGAAGAACUUCAGACUGGGAAAAGUGCACUUCACGGACUGCACAGACCGCACGAGAUUUCCUUUCAAAAGUAAUCACAGCCGCUUCCACGUUGAUCACGACGGCACACUGAAGGUUAAAAUACCUACAACGAUGCAUGAACAGCAGGAUUUCAUUGUCCACACCUGGGAUACGCAGAGACACAAAUUUAGUGUUCACGUCAGGGUAGUGCACCAAAGGCAUCACCAUGGCAACCACACCAAAAUGCAGAGCAUCACCAUGGACACCACCACGCACACCACGACCAUGACGCUCAGCCGGACUCUGCUACGAACACGGAGAGUACCACCGAUGCACCGGUACCCAUACUGGUGUUUCCCGGGCCUGUUGAUGGGCUAA